AUGAACGGAACACCUCGUUUGCGCUCGGCGUACCCGCCGACUCCUAGAUCUGCUCAGCGAACCCCAGAUCCUCAAGAUGUCUCGAGAGUCAGAACCACUCUCCCGACCCUCCCUGAUGCGACCCCCACAGCUCCAGCUGCUGCGCUCAGCAAUCCGGUAAUUCCAGUCAACCUGAUCGAUGCUCCGAGCCAGCGCAUGUAUACCGUGGCCCUAUAUGGACUCCUGUUUGUUUGGCGCCUUUAUGACUGGUGGACUCUCGUGGAGGAGGACACCCACUCGUUCCCGCUUUUCUUGAAGUGGUGUAUCAUCGAUGCAGUCUACUUUUUUGGGAUACCAUACCUGCGGAUACCUUGGCUCGAAUGGUCAGAGUCGGUGUCAAUGGCAGCAUCAGUUGGACACAUUGGCUUGAACGCCAUGUUCAUGUUCAGGAUACCUGCAACCGUUGCGAAAACCAUCUUCGACAGAGAGAUGUCGAUUUCCGAGAAUAGCGUACGGCCAAAUAGUAUUCUACACAACUCGUCUCUCAUCAUGGGCAAGCAAAUCAUCAAUAUUCUUCCUGAAGGGACCGUCACUAUGAAUCCAGACCAGCUGCCUUUCUGUCUCGACAGUAGUAAGCCGGUGGCUCAGAUCCCGCUUUACUUUAAUCAAACCACACCAAAAAGUGUUAAGCUGCUACGGAUUGACUUGGAGACAAAUAUUAACGAGACGAUUGUUCUGUCAAGUAAGGAGGUCAGGAGCGUCCGGAAAGUCCAGGACGACUCGCUUCUGACUCUCAACUAUCCUGCCAAGAAGCCGGGCUUAUAUAGGCUUUUGGAAGUCUUCGACAAUACGAAGCUGGAGGUCCAACGUCGAAUGUCUGAUACUCUUGUCGUUAUUUGCCCAAAAGCUAUUGUCAAAUCGACAGGUGCUGAUCGAUGCCUGGGUGAUCUAUCUGACCUGACCAUGGUGAUAGAGGGAACCCCGCCUUUGAAGAUAGUUUACAGCCGAACCGCGAACAGCGAACAGAGUGUUCAUCACUUUUCAAGCAUUCAGCCAGAGAAUUUCGCUUCUCCUCUUCUCGGCUCUACAAGUGUAGGAACCUUGGUUCCUGCAGGUUCUGAAGACGCAUCUCGGGCUCGAUCACAACGCAUUACCGUGCCAUUGAACGAAUCGAUGAUGCCGAGUGGCCAAUGGCUAUACUCUGUUGACGAGAUUCAUGAUGCCUUAGGCAACGUCGCCAAUUUCUCUUCGGGAUCGGAUGACGUCGAGCAUGUCUACCCCAAGGGUGCGCAUCUGGAGCAGGCUUUUACGGUGCACGACCGACCUGUCUCUAGACUGACCAGUUGCGAUUCCCGGAAUCCUAUGAUGGUGGCGAAUGGAAGGACUACCCAGCUUCCUGUAGAAUACUCAAUGCCCGGCAAAUCCCAAGACGAUACGUCCCAUACCGUUACCUGGAAGUUUUCGCCCUUGAACACUCUGACUCAAAGUGGAGAUCACGGCUCAGAGGUUUUUUUUGAGGAGUACUUUGCCCCAACCGCUUACAGUCAGCCGACCAUUCGCCAACCUGGCCUCUACACCUUGACGGGGGUGAAGAGCAAGUUCUGCGAAGGCAAAGUCAAAGAACCGGCAUCUUGCUUGCUUCUUAACCCUCCCGAGCCAGAGUUGACCCUUUCAGCCGAGAACAUCAAUGAUAAAUGUGCAGGGAACUCGAUCGGUCUUCUGGUUGAUCUUGAUCUGAUAGGCACACCUCCAUUUGUCGUGAGAUAUGACAUAGAAACGAAGACCGGUACUCACUCUGAAAGCAUUUGGGUAGAGGGGCUACGACACCAGCUCGAGUUGAAGCCCAGGGACGCUGGUCACUUCAAAUAUCACUUCACUUCUAUAGAUGACGCGAUAUACAAGGGUCAGCAACUUAGUGGAAGUGGUCUCGUAUUGGAACAAGAUGUCAAGCCCCCGGCUUCCGCCUUCUUGAGGCGACCUUUGGGCCCUAUUGAUGCAUGUAUCGAAGAACCAGUAGAGAUGAACGUCGAAUUAUCUGGUGAGCCGCCAUUUACCUUGGAAUACGAAUUGGUUCAUGAUGGGAAACGAAAACGAACCAAGGAGACCAACAUCGAGACGGAUAUCUUCAACAUCAGGACAGACUCAUUGUCCAAAGGCGGAGAGUAUUCUCUUGCUCUUACAAGCGUACAGGACAGAACCGGAUGUAAAAUAUUCCUCAACAGCGAGGUCAAGUUUACCGUCAGACGCCAAAGACCGAAGGCAUCGUUCGGACAGUUAGAAGGCAAACAUACAACAGUCGAAGUAGAAGGCAAAAAGGUGGAACUUCCUCUCCGACUGACUGGUCGUGGGCCUUGGACCAUCAAGUAUCAGAACCUUGACGAUGCAUCCGGAAAGAUACUCGAGAAGACCGCCAAAACCGCCAAUGAUUUGAUCCAGGUCAACGAACGUGGCAUUUAUGAGAUUCUGGAGGUGGCGGAUGACCAGUGCCCUGGAACUGUCGACCCCGCUGCAUCUACCUUCAAGGUCGAUUGGUUCUCUAGGCCCCAAAUUAGGCUGGCGGAUACUGCCGCUCUCAUUCUUGACGGUACGAAGUAUCUCAAACGCGAGGUGUGUGAGGGUGAUAUCGACGCGGUUGACUUCAAUCUCAUCGGAACAUCCCCAUACAAUGUCAAAUAUGAAGUCCGGCAUAGACCAGAGCAUGGUUCCGGCUCGAUCGCCAACAAGGAGUUUGAAGCUGCUCUUGGAGCUGCUACUAUCUCCAUGGACACAGCUAAGCCCGGAACUUACGAGUACAGAUUUACGGAGCUAUCUGAUGCAUUAUACGAUCACGACGGACACAAGCAUACACCUCUGAUUCUCGAGCAAACGGUCAACCGGAAGCCUUCGGCCCAUUUUAUCAAGCCAGGACAAUCGUACAAUUACUGCAAAGAAGAAUUAGCAGGAGACGAGGUCAUCCCUAUUAGGUUAGAAGGCGUUCCACCAUUCAGCCUCGAGGUAGACAUCAAACACCAGAGUAAUUCUCGACCUGAGACUGUGAAGAUUCCAAACAUCGAUUCCAAUCACUAUGACUUCCGAAUACCACAUCGUGUACUGUCUCUCGGAAUCCAUCAAGUCAGCGUACGUAAGGUUCGAGACUCUCACGGAUGCCAACAGAAGACAGAAUAUGGAGCACCCCAUGUUCAAGUCCAAGUGUACGAUGUCCCGACAAUCUACCCACUAGAUUCGCGCGUAGACUACUGCGUGGGGGAGAGAAUUGCAUAUACCUUGUCUGGUACUGCGCCAUUCGAGAUAUUCUACACGUUUGAAGGCGUACCAAGAAAAGCCAAGUCCCAGUCAACAACCUUCAAACGUAUUGCCGAGAAGCCUGGCAACUUCAUCAUCACGGGCAUUUCAGACAAAGCUAGCGAGUGUAAGGCGCGGACUGAGAUCUUAAAGAUUGUACACGAGAUGCCGAGUGUCAAGAUCAGCCAAGGAAGACAGGUUGAAGUCGACAUCCAUGAGGGUGGGGAUACGGAGAUUCUCUUUGAAUUCUGGGGCACCCCACCUUUCGAGUUCACUUACACCAGAAGUACGAAUGCUCGCCGAGGGCAGAAGUCCAAGAUUCUGGAGACUAGACACGAGGUGUCCGACGAGAAUAAGAAGACGAUCAGGGCCUCACAGGAGGGCACGUACGAAGUGGUGGCGAUCAAGGAUAGGUUCUGUUCCUUCUCUACGCAACGAGCCGAUAUGGGAAGCAAGCAGAAGCUUCUCCAAUUCUAG